AUUUUUUUUAUGUAUAAAGUGGACAAUUCCAAGUUGAAUACCGGUUUUGCAGAAUCAGCAAGACAAAAAGAAAAUCUUCCAUAUGCCUGAAAACUUGAGAAUAAGUGCACCAUCACCACCAUGUUGUGAGAGUCAAAUCAAAAGUUUUACCCAACAUACUCAUCUCCACACAAAGCAUUUAUGAGAUUUGUGUGACAAGCUGGAUACCAUAGGUGUCUCUCAACAUUCAUUUCAAACUGAGAUUACAGUGAAAGAGACAACUUGUGUCUUUUCCAUUUUUUGUCAUUGCAAUAUUCAUUUCUGGUCUAUAAAUCAUUUACAUAUUUAUUGUACAGUACGGAUAUAACUCACAUAGACUAUAAUUGUUUCUAGUCUUAAUGGUACAGUGUGCUAUCAAAAUUAUAGGAAAUACAAAAAUGUAUGGAUUAGAGAGCAGCAAAAUGUUAUUCAAAGACCCCAAGAGCAAGCUACAUUAGCAGGCAAUCAUUCGUGUUGCCUCUGGGAAAAUGAGAAAAUAUCAUGAAAAAAUCCCAAAUGCCCCAUUUUCAAAUAGAGCCAUGGGAUAUUUCUGUCUAAGCAACCCUUUAUCAAUGAAUUAUUCUUCCAAGAGCAUCUCCAAGACUGGUUUUAGAUUAAUACAAGCUAACAAAAUGAAACAUCUUUGUACUUGGACAUAAUUCUUUUCAGUUGCCUUAAAACAUGUAUGCACAUUUUUUUAAAAAUUAUAAUCUAUCAAUUGACUCUUUUAGUAUUUGCAUUAAUCCUCUUUGUAUUAUCACUUGUCUGGCAUUUUCCCCUCUUUGCAUCAUAAUAAGGGAUAAUUGAAUCUAGUCAAGAACAACUUUAUCCAUAAAAGCAGAAAUAUCUUAUGCAUUCCACAUGAAACCAAGGCAAUAUUUACAAUACUGAUGACAGGACAGAAUAUUAUAUAAUAAAAUCUAUAUGAUACACAUGUGUUGGUCGGUUUUGUGGCACAGUCAUCUGGUUCAUAUUCACCAGUAACUUGCUUAACGGAAAUUGCAUUGACAUUUAAAAUCAUUAUUAAUGAAAAAGAUCAAUUGACUUAACUGCCUUUUACCAAAACAUUCUACCUCAUCUCUGAAUCAAAUAACAAAGAAAGAAUUGAAGCAAAGCAGAAACAUCCUACAGGCAAUCAGACCAAAAGAGAGUCCAAAAAUUUUUAAUCACUCAACUUGCAAACAAUUUUAGAACAGGAAAUUUAAUCCAGAGAAAAAGGAAUUAAGUAGGUUCCAGUGGGAGAGUUUAACUCCAUUACAUCUAUUUCCUCAAAUCAUGUUGGCAAAUUGACAUGGACAUGCUCUUAACUGCUGGUCUAGAAUGGUGACAACAAGAAAACAAAUGCACAUACAUUAUUAUGUAAAAUUUUGGGCCGUGUUCAUAUGGUAUUUAAAAUUACAUCAGCAUCAAAACACUUGAACUUACUAGAAUGAAAACUAUACAUUUAUCAUGUUAUAUAAUCAUGGGUGAUAAAGCACCCAACUUUGACAGAUUUCAAUCAACUUUCUCAAUCCAGGAUGAUCAUAGAAUAUAUCAUAUAUUAUAUCAUAUAUUAUAUCAGCCUUAAAUUAUUUAUUCAGGCAGUAGUAUAUUGGACUCUAGGCAGCUGUUAAACAACUUAUAAGUAACCAAAGGUUUGUUCCCAUCAGCAGUAACUUAAGCCUGGGUUCCAACCCAACGUACGGGCUUCUACGUCUGGUCUACAGUGCAGACAGCACAUAGAAAUUUUUUCGACAUGAUCAACAGCCGCUGCGUAAAAUGCCAAAAAAGACAGCGAAGAGCAAGAGGGGGAGAGGUGGACCGGAGACAAGCCAGGCAAGGGUCAUGGAAGAAGAGUUUCCAAGAGAAGAAGAAGAGAGAGCCACGUUGGAAUUGGCCAGAAGCAUGGAAGAAGAGAGGAAUGAGGUCCGUGAAGAAAUGGAUGAGGGUGAGGGUGAGGAGGAGCAAGAGUGGCUGGACAAUGAGAAAAAAGUGUUGUAUUCAUUCAGAGCAAGUAAGGAGGAGAAGAUAGUGGAAUUCUUCUCAAACAACAAUUGUUUUUAUAACAAAUCCCACCCGAACUACCUAAACCAAACGAAUAAAGACAAGCUGUUGGCAGGACUGUCAAAAAAGCUGGACUCAAACGCAAAGAAGAUAAUUGGCUGGUGAAAAACCAAAGAACCUCCAUUGGAAAGCUUUAUAAAAAGAAAUCUGGACAGGCUGCAGAAUCACUGACAGCUAGGAAGAAAUGGCAGCUGCAGAAUUUCAGUUUUUUAAAAAACCACAUAGUUCCAAGGACUUAUACAACAGAGACAGCACUAGUAGGUGAAAAUGAUCAUUACUCUUUUUUUAACUAUUUUAUGGAUGAUGCUGAUUUAAAUCAUGAAUUGGUUUAUUUCCUUCAUGUGUUAUGAACCA